CACACACACACACACACACACACACACACACACACACACACACACACACACACAAUCUCUCUUUCUUGCUAUCGCUUACACACAGAUAUAAAUACAUAAAGAGUAUUUAAUUACAACACGUUCACACACCAACACAUAUACAGACAGUGUUAUAUGGUCGGUAAGACCUUAUGCCAGAGUGAUAUGAUAUAACGUGGAUGAGACAGACGACGGUGCGACGGAGUAGUAAGGCAAGAAGCAUUGUGAGAUGGGGAAUCGGAAGUUUUCAGGGUUGGAGGUGACUCUGACAGUCCUAUUCCUGCUGGUGACAACAGCGGCUGUUGCUUUAGUUGUUCUAAUGGCUACUGGGGAACCUGCAGUCAUCAAAGACGAGACCACAGACAUCGUGGAUCCAGUAUGUCCCGUUAUUCCACUGGGGGAGAGAGUUGACUGUUUCCCUGACGCCGGUGCAUCUAAGCUGGGGUGUCUGCAGCGAGGCUGUUGUUGGAGUCCAUUGGACGAGAGAAACGCUCCAUGGUGCUUCUUCUCCACCAAUCACGGCUACUCUGUGGUCCGCGAGGAGAAACCCAACAGCUACAGCUUGUCGGCCCUUCUGAAAAAGAAGGCUGCCCCCUCUUUGUUUGGAGAAGACAUAGAGGAGCUGACUUUCCACGCUGACAUGCAGACAGUGAACCGACUGAGAUUCAAGAUCUCAGAUGCCCAUAAGAAGCGAUUUGAGGUUCCCCAUGAGCACAUCAAGCCCCCUGCUACCCAUCCCUCUGGAUCCUUUAACUACGAGGUAGAGCUCACACACAACCCCUUCGGCUUCCAAGUACGCAGGGCAGCCACCAAGAAAGUCCUGUUUGACACCACAAUGGGUCCGCUGGUGUUUGCUGAUCAGUACCUGCAGCUGUCUGCCAGACUGCCAUCCCAUAAUAUAUACGGUCUGGGAGAACACGUCCAUCAGAACUACCGUCAUGACACCAACUGGAGAACGUGGCCUAUCUUCACACGAGAUUCAUUCCCUAAUGGAGGGACACAUAACCUCUAUGGUCAUUAUCCCUACUUCCUUUGUCUGGAGGACGAGAGUGGCAAGUCCUUCGGAGUCUUCCUGAUGAACAGCAAUGCUAUGGAGGUGACGCUGCAGCCGGCUCCAGCGGUGACCUACAGAACCAUUGGAGGAGUUCUGGACUUCUACAUCCUGCUAGGAGACACACCUGAACAGGUGGUCCAUGAGUUCCUGGAGCUGAUCGGCAAGCCAAUGAUUCCUCCAUACUGGUCUCUAGGAUUCCAGUUGUCUCGUUGGGACUACGGCAGUCUAGAUGAAGUCAAGAAAACAGUGGAGAGAAACCGAGCUGUCGACCUGCCAUAUGAUAUCCAGUAUACUGACAUUGACUAUAUGGAAGAUAAGAAGGACUUCACUUAUGAUGAAGUCAAUUUCAAAGACCUCCCUCAGUUCGCUGAUUACAUGCACGAGAAGGGACAGAAAUACAUUCUCAUAUUGGACCCGGCAAUAGCCAUCAGUAGGAGGAUCAACGGGCCGUAUGAGGCCUAUGACCGAGGAACACAGAAGAACGCUUGGGUGACUGAAGCUGAUGGGAUAACACCUCUAUUGGGAGAGGUCUGGCCAGGUGUGGCAGUGUUUCCAGACUACACUAACCCCAGCUGUAAAGAGUGGUGGACUGAUGAGUACGUCAGAUUAUCAAAAGAAAUCAAACACGACGCUCUGUGGAUUGAUAUGAAUGAGGUGUCUAACUUCAUGAAAGGCUCCAUCAAGGGAUGUGAUGACAACAAUCUCAACUACCCUCCCUUCACUCCUAGUAUCCUGGAUGGGGUGCUGUACAGUAAGACUCUGUGUAUGGACUCUAAACAGACCUGGGGAAACCACUACGAUGUCCACAGUCUCUAUGGAUACGCCAUGGUGCUAGCCACCAAAGAUGCUCUAGAGCGUGUGUUUGAGGGGAACAGGAGCCUGAUGCUGACCCGCUCGUCUUUCCCUGGAGUGGGGAAGUACUCCGGCCACUGGCUGGGUGACAACGCUGCUAACUGGAACGACAUCAAAUGGGCCAUACCUGGCAUGCUGGAGUUUGGCCUGUUCGGAAUCCCUUACAUUGGUGCUGAUAUUUGCGGUUUCUUUGACGACGUGUCAGAAGAGUUGUGUCGUCGUUGGAUGCAGGUUGGCGCAUUCUAUCCCUUCAGCCGGAACCACAACGCCCAGCAUUACAAGCCCCAGGACCCGGCAGUGUUUGGUGCAGACUCUCUGCUGUUGAACACCUCUAAACAUUACCUGAAUAUCCGGUACACCCUUCUCCCCUACCUCUACACCCUCUUCUACAAGGCUCACACUACCGGGGACACCGUGGUCCGGCCUGUCAUGCACGAGUUCUACUCUGACAGUAACACCUGGACAGUGGACCGCCAGUUCCUCUGGGGGAAACACCUGCUCAUCACACCUGUACUGGACCCUGGGGUGGAGUGGAUCCAAGCCUACGUCCCAGACGCUGUGUGGUUUGACUAUGAAACGGAAGAGCGAAUAACAGUCCGUAAGCAGCAAGUUGAGAUGUACCUGCCUGCAGACAAGCUUGGUUUACACAUCAGGGGCGGAGCUAUUCUACCUAUUCAGAGACCUGCGGUCACAACUGUUUAUAGUCGGCUUAAACCCAUGGGUCUGAUCGUUGCGCUCGAUGAUAACAACAGAGCAGCAGGAGAGCUAUUCUGGGAUGACGGAGACUCUCGAGAUACCGUUGAAACUGGCAACUACAUGCACUACCAGUUCUCUUUUAACAAUGGCGAGUUGACCAUCCAGGUGAUGCAUUCUGGGUACAGUGACGCAAACAACCUGAAGUUUGAGAACAUCACCGUGUUGGGAGUCUCCAGUCCCCCCGUGACUGUCAAUGUUACCCACAACAACAACAAUAUCGUCAUAUCUACUUUCAAAUAUGACACUGUCAAGCAGGUGUUGUAUCUGCGAGAUUUGAAUCUGACUCUGGGUCAGAACUACACAGUGCGAUGGGACCAGGUCAGAGACCCAGUGCCAGAGCGCUUUGACUGCUACCCAGAGCCCGACAGUGACGAGACCAAGUGUAGGGCCAGGGGCUGCAUCUGGGGGACGUCUACCAAUGAAGGCGUCCCGUGGUGUUACUACCCCGAGGACUACGGUUACACCGCUACCACGGUGAUAGAGCAACCUUCCGGCUGGAGCUUCGACAUCACGCGGAACGCUGGGUUCCGGAGCAGCGGAAGACCAGAAUCUCCAGACAUAAACUCUCUCAGAGUGGAGAUCAAAUACCACAGUGCAGACCUGCUGCAGUUUAAGAUCUAUGACCCUACAAAUAAGCGAUUUGAGGUUCCUGUCCCCCUUAAUGUCCCCUCCACCCCAGAGACAGAUGAGACUAAGAGACUUUAUAUCGUCCAGGUCAAAAAACAGCCUUUUGGCAUCCAGGUCAUCCGAAAGAGCACUGGCACACUAAUAUGGGACUCUGCGUUGCCAGGCUUUACCUUCUCAGAUCUGUUCAUCCAGGUGUCAACACGUCUGUCUUCAGAUUAUGUCUAUGGGUUUGGAGAGACAGAACACACCUCAUUCAAACACGAUCUCAACUAUCAUACCUGGGGCAUGUUCGCUAAGGACCAGCCUCCUGGGUAUAAGAUGAAUGGCUAUGGUGUGCAUCCCUUCUAUAUGGGUCUAGAGACGACCGCCGAUGCUCACGGUGUACUACUGCUGAACAGCAACGCUAUGGAUGUGACCUUCCAGCCGACCCCUGCCCUGACCUAUCGUACCCUGGGGGGAAUCCUGGACUUCUACAUUGUGAUGGGACCCACCCCAGAGCUGGUGGUGGAGGAGUAUACUGCCCUGAUUGGACGUCCCGUGCUCCCUGCCUAUUGGUCCCUUGGGUUCCAGCUCUGUCGCUAUGGAUACGCCAAUGACACAGAGAUAGCAGACCUCUACAGAGAAAUGAGAGCAGCAGGAAUACCCUACGAUGUGCAGUAUGCAGACAUAGACUACAUGGAGCGCCAGCUAGACUUUGUUCUGGAUAGCCAGUUCCAGGGUCUACCAGCCCUGGUGGACCACAUGAGAGGAGAAGGCAUGAGAUUCAUCUUCAUACUGGACCCUGCCAUCUGUGCCAAUGAGACAACACCCUACUCUGCCUUUGACCGUGGUGUAGAAGAAGACGUAUUCAUCAAAUGGCCCAAGCAGCUCAGCAAUGACAUCGUCUGGGGGAAGGUAUGGCCUGACUUCCCUGGUGUUGUAGUCAAUGAGUCUGUAGACUGGGACACGCAAGUAGAGAUCUAUAGGUCCUAUACGGCAUUCCCAGACUUCUUCAUGAAUCGUACAGCAACGUGGUGGCAUAGGGAGAUUUCAGAUUUCUACACUAAAACCAUGAAAUUUGAUGGACUCUGGAUCGACAUGAACGAACCAUCCAGCUUCGUCCAUGGGACCGUUGGAGAGAAGUGUCUGGGUCCCCCUGUCUACGACAACCCCCCAUACAUGCCACCCCUGGAAUCCAGACACCGUGGUCUCAACCAUAAGACUCUGUGCAUGAACAGCCAACAGCACCUCAGUGAUGGUACCCCGGUCAAACACUAUGACGUACACAAUCUGUAUGGAUGGUCUCACACAAAACCCACAUACGACGCCUUGCUGAGUGUGACAGGCAAGCGGGGGAUAGUGGUGACCAGGUCUACCUACCCCUCCAGUGGGAAGUGGGCUGGACACUGGCUGGGAGACAACAACUCCAGCUGGGAUCAGCUCUACAAGUCAAUCAUAGGAAUGAUGGAGUUCAGUCUGUUUGGAUUUUCUUACACUGGAGCUGAUAUCUGUGGGUUCUUUAAUCCAGCCCAGUAUGAGAUGUGUCUUCGCUGGACGCAGCUUGGUGCAUUCUAUCCUUACUCUCGCAACCACAACGGCAAGUUCAACCCUAGACAAGACCCUGUAUCGUGGAAUGCAUCGUUUUCUGAGGCUUCUCGUCAUGUGUUGAAUAUUCGCUACACUCUCCUUCCCUACCUCUACACACUCAUGUUUUACGCCCACAGCGAAGGAAGUACAGUGGUCCGACCGCUGCUGCAUGAGUUUGUGAGUGACAGGAAGACGUGGGACAUCCACAGACAGUUCCUGUGGGGCCCUGCUCUGCUCAUCAGCCCGGUCCUGGAUGAGGGGGCCAGAGAGGUAGAGGGCUACGUCCCAGACGACCUCUGGUAUGACUUCCACACGGCCAAGGCUGUAGGGGUGAAGGGCCAGAUGGUUACCAUGCCAACACCUCUAGACCACAUCAACCUCCACGUGAGAGGAGGACACAUCCUGCCCUGGCAGAAACCAGAGAACAACACACACUACAGUCGGAAGAAUCCUAUGGGGCUGAUCGUUGCCCUGAGCGACAGUGGAACUGCACAUGGUUCCCUGUUCUGGGAUGAUGGGGAGGGGAUUGAUACGUAUGCGAGUAAGCAGUACCUACACAACUCGUUCACAGUUGCUUCGAACACCCUGACCUGCCAUGUGAUGUUCAGUGGUCUGCCGGUCACUGAGAGGCUGACCCUGGGUGUGGUGAAGGUGUGGGGGGUCGGUAGCGUUCCUGUCACAGAGGUCACCAUACGAGAUAUAUCAGGCUCAAUAAAAAACGUCACCCUUCAACACAACAUCAUCACUGAGGAGCUGAUUGCUGAUGCCACUGAUUUAUCAUUCCGCAUGGACCAGGGCUUCACGCUCAUGUGGAAAACCAACACCUAAUCACAUUCACAUACACACUGCAUUGCCAUACAAUGUGUUAUUUAAACAGUGGUGGGAAAAGUACCCAAUUGUCAUACUUGAAUAAAAGUAUAGAUACCUUAAUAGAAAAAGUGAAAGUCACCCAGUAAAAUACUAUUUGAGUAAAGGUUUAAAAGUAUUUGGUUUUAUAUAUACUUAAGUUUGAAAAGUAAAUGUAAUUGCUAAAAUAUACUUAAGUAUCAAAAAAGUAUAAAUGAUUUCAAAUUCCUUAACGCAAACCAAACGGCACCAUUUGUUAUUAUUUAAAAUUACGGAUUGCCAGGGGCACACUCCAACACUCCAAUAUAAUUUACAAAUGAAACAUGUGUUUACUGCUAGAUAUUUUGGACCGUUUUCCUGUCCUGCUAAACAUUCAAAAUGUAACGAGUACUUUUUGGUGUCAGGGAAAAUGUAUGGAGUAAUAAGUACAUUAAAAGUACAGUCAAAAUAAAAGUUGUCAAAAAUAGAAAUAGUAAAGUACAGAUACCCCCCCCCCAUAAACAAGUUAAGUAGAACUUUAAAGUAUUUGUAAUUAUGUACUUUACACCACUGUUUUAAAAUUUCCACAAUCCGCAAUUGUCUAUUUGAAUGUCUCAUUUAAUUCUAAAUCAUGUGUAACAUAAAUAAACUGACCUGAAAUAGAA